AUGAUGCUGCCGGACGGCCACGGACUCCACCUUGGUGAUGGCAGGAAAGGUUUCCUCAACCUAAGCACUGGAGUAUUCGUCCAUCCUCGAAUCGCUCUUCUCGAGGACCACUGCGUCCUCUGCUCAGUCGACGGCCUCCUCCUCAUGCAGAGGCAACAUGGCGAGCAAGACGACCCUAUAUGCCUCCUCCACCCCUUCACGGGAGACGUGGAGAAGUUCCCGCCAAUCACGUCUCGCACGGUGCUGGGCACAGGAUCAACCCACUUCAAUUCUCACAACGGAUGUACUUACUUAUUGCCGGGCAGGGUAACUGCCUCCUUGAACAUUAAUACCGAAGGAGUCGCUAUGAUCACCGUCGUGCUUGAAGAUAUGCCACGCCUACUCUUUGCUACCACCAAGGACAAGCAAUGGAGAAUGUCAAGCUGGAGCUUCUCCCCAAAUGAGAGCACCAUAUCAUCACGAGGAAAACUUUACAUGUUGCAACCAAAGCCCGCUUCCAGCGUUGAACUACAGAUUUUACAGAUCGACCCACCUUGGCCCGAGAAGAACUCAGGAUCCAGUCCGUCUUUGUUUCCGGCACCAAAGGUGAUUGCCAUAUGUCUGACGGGCAUGAUCAACGGCCUUCCCGAAUUAGUAGAAUGUGACUCAGAGAUCCUACUCGUCGGUUCUUGUGAUUACGUGUUCUUCAAGCACAUGGUAGUCUACAGAAUAGCGGAUCUUAUCCAAGGAAGAGUUGUUCAUCUAACAAGCAUGGGGGGCAAUGCUCUCCUGGUUGGUCUUAGAAGCAGCGGCAGUGGUAUCGGAAGGAAUUUAUGUGUCAGCUUAAAGGCAAUGCCAACCAUUGCAGGUGACACCAUUGUACGUCAGGAUCCCACAUAUGCAAAAUAUCUUGAGCAAUAUCACAUUGGUACCGGCACUUGGUCCCCAAGAGGUAUGAUAUGCGCCAUAUAUGGUGGUUAUGGAUGGUGUACUUGUAGCCUCAUCCACCACAUUUACGGAGCCUGUCAUUGUUUUGAUGAGCUAGGUUUUCCACUCAUAGGUUUCCCAUUCCUAAUUUACUUACCGUACUGA